UUUUUCCGUCGCUUUCGACGUCACACGGACGUCCCGUCGUCGCGACUUUAUCGCGUUUCGCGCCGCCGCGACGUCACGGGCACGAUUUUAACGUUUUUUUUUUAACGCGUACGUAAGGGUGACCGCAACCGACCAAUCCGCCGACACGGCGUGCUGUCAUUCGGCGUAUUCGGAUUUUUUUUUUCACUGGCCGAUUCUUCGGACAAAAUUAAAGUGCCAACGAACGAACGAUAGGUACAAGGAGAAAAACGGUCGAGACGACACGCGAGGGGCAAAACCGAGACGAAAUUCACAUGUAACGCGGCGCCGGCACGCCGGACGGAAGAGGGUCGCGCGAUAACAUGGCAAAUAUAGCGAUCCAGCGGAUCAAGCGCGAAUUCAAAGAGGUUAUCAAAAGCGAGGAGGUGGCGAAAUGCGCGAUCAAAGUCGAACUGGUCGACAACAAUUACACGGAACUCAAGGGCGAGAUCGCGGGGCCCCCGGACACCCCCUACGAGGGCGGCAAGUUUGUGUUGGAGAUUAAGGUGCCGGAAACGUACCCCUUCAACCCGCCGAAGGUUCGUUUCAUAACGAAAAUAUGGCAUCCGAAUAUAUCUUCGGUCACCGGCGCUAUAUGCUUAGACAUCCUAAAGGAUCAAUGGGCGGCGGCGAUGACGUUGCGCACGGUGCUGUUGUCGCUGCAGGCGCUGCUGUCGGCAGCGGAGCCCGACGACCCGCAGGACGCCGUCGUCGCCAGGCAAUACAAAGAAAAUUUAGAAAUGUUUCAGCUGACCGCCCGGCACUGGACCAACGCGUACGCCGAAGGCCCCAACGCGAAUCCCGAGUGCGACGAGAAAAUUAAGAGGCUAGUCGAUAUGGGAAUAGAGGAGCACCAGGCGCGGGCCGCCCUUUCGUCCUACAACUGGGACCUGGAGAGGGCGACCGAGCAACUAUUCAGUUAGUACCGGGUCGAAACGUCGUCUUUUCCUUUACCGGUCGCCGUUUCUUUUCUUUUUCGUGGUAUAAAUCAAUAGAUGUAAAUAUUUAACGCAUCGAGAGCCUUCCCACACAGUCACAGUUAUUGUCCAUUUGGUUAGUCAGCGUUUUUUUUUUUUUUUUUUUAUAUAUAUAUACCCGGUUGGAUUUCGUUUUAUUUUAGCUUGUAAUUCAGGUUUUUCCGUCGCCGAAGAGUGUAUAUUGCGUUUUAA